AGAAAGUCAAAAGUCCGCAAGAGGAGCCAAUCCACGGUGGGCUCCAACGCCAGCGCAGUGAGGGUUACUCUGCGUGGUCGCAGGUUGACGGAGAGGGAAGCCAUGGAUCAGGGCUAUGGUUAUAGUUCCUGGGGUACUGAGGCCACCAGUACUCAAGGUGGCUAUUCAACAAAUCCAGCAAGUUGGCAAGGCUAUGAAGGCUAUGAUUAUUACAGUGCCCAAACCAGUAGCUCUACUACACCUGCCCCAUACAAUUAUGAUACUGCCAGUGUUGCUGCAACUACCUGGGACACUUCUAAAACUACCGACAUGACAAUGAGUGAUGAGAUGGGCUCUCGAAUGCCAGUUGUAAAUUACAGUACUGGGGCAGUGGGCACAGAAAACUCUGACUCCAUUAUAUCAAAAAUAAACCAGCGUCUGGAUAUGCUGUCAAAGGAAGGCAGCGGUGGUCCUGGGGAAGGCAUGGAAGAUCAGGGAAGCUCUUUCAGAUUUGAGUCUUAUGAGUCCUAUGACUCUAGAGCAUCAGUGCCUGAUCGUGACCUGUACAGAACCACCUAUGACUAUAAUGAAGUUGGAUCAGAUCGGAAUGAUUCCUUUGGAGGCCGCUAUGAUAAUGUUGGUGACCGCAGAGAUCAGCCCCGCAACAGAGGAAACAACUAUGGCUUUGCCAGAGGGAGGGCCCAGAAUCGAGGGCACCUAAACACUUUCAAUCGUGACCACUUCAUGCCAUCAAGUACAGAACGGAUGUCUGCACAAUGGAAUGAGAUGAAUUACAUGGGUGGAAGGAACAUGGAAGGGCCUGGACCCAACCGGCCUCCAUCACUAUUUUCCCAAGCACUCGUCCCAGAGUAUAGAGAUUAUGGUGAUUAUGGAGACUAUGGAGACUAUGGCAACUAUGGGGAUUAUGAUUACGGCAUGAUGGGAAUGCAAGGAAUGGGAAUGGGAAGGUUUCCUGGGAACAUGCCCUAUGGCUUCAACAGAUCACGUGGCAGACCAAAGAGGAGACCAUUCCGUGGUCGUUUUGGUGGGCAUUCAGAUUUUGAAAGUGGAUUACGCAAACGGAAGCAUUCCCAAAGUGGAGAUGAACCAGACAGCAAACAGACAAAGAUAGAAAGUGAAAGAGAUUACUCUGACAAUGGUGACAAUGAUAAUGGUGAAGGAGAGGACAAAUCAGGAGAUGAAAGAGAUAAAGGUGAGCAUGAGAGAAGCAAUGAAGAUCUAAAGAGGAAAGCAUCUGGUGAUGGCAUUGAUGAUGAUGAGUCAAAACAAAGAAAAGAGAAGCAGAGGCAGAGGGAUCGAAUGCGUGAUCGUGCUAUGGACAGAAUCCAGUUUGCUUGCUCUGUAUGUAAAUUCCGAAGCUUUGAUGAUGAAGAAAUGGAGAAGCAUCUACAGAGCAAAUUUCACAAGGAGGUCCUGCAAUACAUUGGGACCAAACUGCCUGACAAGACUGUAGAAUUCCUGCAGAAAUAUAUAGUGAACAGAAAUAAGAAAAUUGGGAAGCGCCGACAAGAGCUAACAGAGAAGGAUGGUACAAAACAAAAACCUGAUCCUUUCAAAGGAAUUGGCCAGGAGCACUUUUUUAAAAAGAUAGAUGCAGCUCAUUGUAUGGCUUGUGAUAUGCUAAUUCCUGCACAACAUCAUCUUCUCCAGAGACACCUGAGGUCUGUUGAUCACAACAGGAAUCGCAGAAUGGCAGCUGAACAUUUCAAGAAGGCUAGUUUCCACGUAGCUAAGAGUGUUUUGAAUAGCAAGCACAUUGUGAAAAUGCUAGAAAAGUACCUCAAGGGUGAUGACCCAUUUACAGAUGAAAACAUUGACCAAGAUGUUGUUGACUCUGGAGCCUUAGAGGGAGCAGAAGGUGAAAAGUCUACAGAAAGUGCUGCAGUAGAGAGAAAAGAGAGUGCUGCAGAUGAGAUCACAACCACGGAAGUCAGUGAAACUGCUAAAGCAGAAGGGGAUGAGAGAGCUUGCUCUACUAUAAUCUUUUCUGAAGAUAAAUCUGCGGAGGAGCAGGAGCAGGAAAAAGAGAGAAUCAAGCCAGUAGGAACAACAGAAGGACUGUCUGCCCAUCCUCAAAGAAGCCUUGAAGUGAGAGCAGCAGAAAGCCAAGUGGAGGAACAAGAGCAUUUGGAGAUGGGAGAAGGGAACUCCACUGAAAUGGCAACAGCUGAAAAUAGUGACAUCAAGGAAGAACCAGUUAUUGUAGCAAAUGCAGAGCUGCCAUAGGAAUGACCAUAUAAAUGAUUGUAUAAAUUGAUUGUUUGAAGAUGAUUUUGUCUGGCUUAGCUGUAUAAUCUCUCCCCACAUACACCCUGGGGGGGGGAUCUUAUGUCAGUGCAGUACCUGUAUGUGCAUUUCUAGAGUGCUGCCAAUUUUGUUAUUGAUUUGAAGAAAGGAAUUCAUCUAUUCUGUUACGGAAGCAGUCUUGUGCUUCAUUGUUGUAUGGAGAAUGAGAAGUCUAAUUCACUUUUAGGUUGGAGGGUGUGCAGAAGGCUGUAUAUUCUCCAAGAAAGAUUUGGUGACUUAUUCAUUGUGGAAUGAACAACACUAUUUGAAAAAAACAAACAAACACCAAAGUUGUUAAUCAUUCCGCUCCUCCCAGCUGUUCAUUUUUCAGUAUUGAAGGAAUAUAGCUUAAUUUGGAAAUGAAAUUUCCCCUCUUUAUGAAGGUGUAGAUUAGUUAAGUCUGUGUGUUUUUGCUUGUGAAAAUGUUUGCUCAUUUAAGUUCUUAAAGAAAAGACUUGCUGCCUUGAAAACUGUUACUUCCUUUAUCUAGUUUGCAAUAUUGCAUGAAAAUAGCAUCUGUAACUUGUUUUUAAGCACCAAGAUGAUUGUGUGUCACACUGGGGUUAUCGUUUCUACUGAGCACUAUUUCAGAUUUUCUGGAUAGCAAGCUGCAACUUGUACAUUAUGCUGCUACAGAGGCAUAGCCUAAAGGAGAAAAGUCAUACCACCACUGAAUCUCCAUCCUCAUAAUAAAAAUCACAAAUGUAUCAUUUAUGGAGUGAAUUGCCAAAUACUGCCCUGCGAGUAUUGAAGCAGUACCAAGACCAGCAAAAUAAAAGCAGAUUUGUGAGUGUUAGGAUUGAUGUGCAUAGUAUAAAGCUUUAAGAGUGAAAUGGAGCACUAUUUUUAAAGAAAACAACAACCCCAGUAUUUUGUCUUAGCAGUUAAAUAAACUUCUGAAACUGAAAACUAGUAUCUUACAUUUAGUUGGCUCCAAAAUAUGUGCUGUCUAACAGUGUGGUCACAUUAUUGCUCAUAUGCUCUUCUAACUGACUGCUGUCUAGGACACACAUCCCACACAUGCUAAUGCUAGAGCUGCUAUACAAGGGAAAUAAAUUAUCUCUGCUGUGUGGUUGAAGGAGAGGAAUAAAUAUUAAUUCCAGUUUCUAUAUCAAAAGCAUUCAUUGAUAAUCAGGGUGAGCAGUGAGGUAGUCGGGCUUGUGGCUGAUACCAAAGGUUCCAUACCAGGGAUCGUUAGGAAAUUAGUUGAAAAUAAAACUGCAACCACACUUUGAGUACUGCAUACAGUUCUGGUUUCCUCAUUUCAAGAUAUUAUAGAGCUGGGAAAAGUUCAGAAAAGGACAACCAAAAUUAUCCAAGUCCAAAAGUUACAGCAUUCAGGGCUUUUUAGUUUAGAGAAAAGCUGGGGUAUGAUUUAGGUGUAUAAGAUUAUGCAUAGUGUGGAGAAGGUUGGCAGAAAGUUUAUCAUCAUACUAGAAUCCAGGGUCUCCUUAUGAAGUUAUAAUGGAAGAUUCAGUACAGAAAAAAAUAAUUGUGCUUCAUACAGCACAAAUAACUGGAACUUGCUCCCACAAGAUGGAGUGAUGAUCUCCCCCAUGGAUGGCUUUAAAAGAGAAUAUGACACAUUCAACUGAAUAUCCCACUCUUUUGAUUUGAUACUACUUGGAAGUUAUCUUUCCAUUGACACUUGGUGGCAGAGCACAUGUUUUCGCACACACAACAGCCCAGAUUCAAUCCCUGGUAUUUCCAGUUAAAUGGUUCAGUCUCAGCCAAGGCUCUGGAGGGCUGCUGCAAAUCAGGAGGCAGCACAGUACUACAUGGACAAAUAGUUUGACCUGGUAUAAGGAAGCUUCCUAUAUGAAUAUUGAUACCAUUAUUUUUAAUUCAUGCAACUUCCCAUUCUUACAUUUCACCACAAAUUGUUCUUUUUCAAUCAGCACUUUAAUGGUUUAUCACUGAAUAAAAUGAACGGUAACAAUGGAAAGUUUGCAUGAAGGACUUGCCAAUUAAUACAUGACAAUCAGGUUGAGAUAGAAGAGUGAGCAAUCCUCUCUUAAGUAGCUGCAGCAGUCUAGUAAUCGGUCAAUUCCCACUUCACAUUAAGGAGUAGUAAUUCCUGCCCCAUAUUCAGGGCAGCUUUUGCAUCUAUAACAAAAUCAUCUUUCUAGUUACAGGUAGGUGUUGGUCUGAAGUAGCGGAAACAAAAUAAAUUCCUUCCAGUAGCAUCUUAGA